AUGGCUGUAGAAAGAAGGAUAAACCUGCAAAAAGAAGAGAUGAAGAAGCGCCACAUCGCAGGAGCCAGAACAAAGGGCCGGCCCCUGCGCUGCGCCGCACCCCGACCUGGCCGGCAGGGGGCAGCGCCCCGCUUCCCUCCGCCGCCCGGGGCCACGUGGGGGCGUCACAGCCCCCGACCCAGGGGCGCGCCCCCCGCCCGGCCAGAUGUCGCCCCCGCGUGGGGUGCCCCGAAUGCGCUCCUGGGAUCCCGCAGCCGUCUCCGGACGCUGCCUCGGCCCCCACUCCGCCCCGGGGCUCCGGGACAGCGCCCCCCACGGACGCUCCCCGCGGGUCGGACUGGUCCUCCGGGACCCUCUGUCCUGCGCGCGCGCGCGCGCUUCCCGUCCGAAGGCGCCGAGAAGGGGGCCGCGCGGGUCACCGAGGCCCCAAGCCGUGGCGCCCCCUCCCCGCCCCAGCGCCCUCGGGACAGCCGCCGCGGCCGGACUCGCAGCCGCCAGGGCCCCUGCGCGCCCACCCCGGGCGGCACUCGGCUCCGAGAGCUUACCCGCUCCGGGCCACGCAGGUGCGGACCCCGCGCUCGCCCGCCCGGGUCCUGCUUCCUCGCGCAGCGCCACGUCUCUCCGCCGGCGGCCGCCGCAUCUCCGCCGCGACCCCCGCCGAGCUCCGGGCGCCGCCCGCCCCGCCGCCCCGGGGUCUCUGCCCGGCCCGCGCCCUCGAGAUCCCCGCCUCCCUCCGCCCCGGCGGGCGCCCUGCGGCUCCCGCUCCGCGCUCCCCUUCCCGCGCGCGCCGCUCCUCCUCGCUCCCCCCCCAGCUCCUCCCCCGCGAGCCUCGCUCCCCCCUCGGCCCCCCGCCCGCGGUCCGCAGGCUCGGCCCCCUCCGGCUCCGGCCCCGCGGGGAGCUCUGAGCCCCCGCCGCCUCCCCAGCCCGGCCCCCAGCUCCCCGCGCCGCACCUGUAG